UGUGAUGUUCGCGCAUUAGGCAAAUUUUUUGAGAAUUGUAAUCUAUAUGAGCAAAAUGGCUGAUGAUGAUCCAUGGUUAUUAAAGGAAGACGGUUACUUAAAUGUGGAUAUUGAAUGUAAAAGUAUAAUCUAUCAUGCUAAUCUAAAUGUGUUACUAAUUACCACUGGCAGUGCGCAAGUAUAUGUAUUUGAUGUCAACUCAGGAGUAAUUUUGCAAAAAAGUUCUUUAUCUGGAAAAUUAAAUGGAAAACUUCAAGGGACAUAUUUAUCAAAUGGUGUAGAUAAAAUAUUAUAUACUGAUGGAAGAGGAAUUGGAGUACGCAGUGAUUAUAAUGGAGUACUCUUUUUAGACACACUUUUACAAACACCUGUUUCAAGAAGUGAAGAUAUUAUAAAAUUAGAAUUAUUGUUUUCUGAAGCUACUUUGUUAUAUCAGUGUCUACGAUGUGUAGAGUUACCAGGUAUAGAUCAUGUGCAGGAAGUGAAGGAAGAAUUAAUAAGUAAAACUUUUGUAAUAGAAGCAAAUCAAAAAAAGGGAAUUAAAGCUCAAAAGUGGAAUACGGUAUGUUUGGAAUUACCACAUAGUUCUUUGAAACUUGUGUGCUCAGGAUUAGUAACAGAAUUGAAAAGAUUAAGCCGAUAUAUUCCAGCAUUGCCAAUUGCUUCUGCCAUUAAUGAACGACUAAAUGGCCUAUUGCCAGGUCUGCCAUUAGAAGGAGAUCCUGCUGACAAAGCAUUAAUGUUUAGUGAAGCUACCCGCCGAGAUACUUUUUCAAAAUGGCCACACAUGAAUUACAAGUGGGCUUUACCAGAUCAAAUGGCUCAGGCUGGUUUCUAUCAUCAACCAAAUGCAACAGGUGAUGAUAGAAUAAUGUGCUUUACAUGCAAUGUUUGUUUAGUUUGUUGGGAACCAACAGAUGAACCUUGGUCAGAACAUGAACGCCAUUCUCCAGCAUGCCCAUUUGUUAAAGGAGAAUAUACGCAAAAUGUUCCUUUGUCUGUCAUCCUUGCUACUGCUCCUGCACGCGAGGUUGGUGAUACUGUAGAUGUGAUUAGCACUACAAAUGUCAGUGGUCUUGUAGCUACAGCUUCUAGCAGUGGUUUCAUUAAUGUCUGGAAUGUAACAAAUCAAUUAAAGAGGGAGGUAUCAUUUUAUGUAGCUCCUAUAGAUCAAGAAAUAAAUAAUAAGGACUCUAUUCAAUUUGGUUCCACAAGAAAUUUGUCAUCAUAUUUAAGGACACUUAAUUCCGAAACAGAUCCUCUUUCUGAUUAUAAGCAUCCAGGUUCUCAUAAAGUACAGGUCACAGCAUUGUCUAUAGUAGGAUCUCCUAAAUCUCAAAACAGUGAAACAAAAACAUCUGGUUCUACGCUUUUACCUGUAGAGACAUCGGACUCUAAAAUCAGGCCAUGUGUAGUGUGUGCUGUUACUGUGACAGUUAGUAAUCCAUCGCAAUUAAGGACUUUAGAAAAUGUGUGGGCUGCUUCAACAGAUUUAGCUUCAUCAUCAUCUCUUGUUCGUGCAAUGAACAGUGUAAAUAGUGCUGCCAGUGAUACUUUAGAUAUAAUGAAAGUAGCAGGUGAUAAAUACACACCAUCAAGAUUGCACUAUUUAGUAUUUUAUGACUUUCACCACAAAACUGCAACAACACAACAAAUUAAAGAAGAUAAUACUAAGGAUAAUACUAAGGCUAAAAAGACGUUAUCUGGAACAGGCACUAGUGCUAGCUCAAAUGGAGAACGUCAAGAAAAUUUAUAUCAAGAAUUCUUGGUUGGUAAAUUUUUUUAUGAAGUUCCAGUAAUAGAAGAUGUAGAUUCUGAUGUAGUUGGUCCACAUUUUGAUGGUAUUUUUCCAACAUCUGCCCUUACUGCAUCAUCUUCCAAUGGGAUUUAUUCAAAUCCAAUUGGUAUCACAGUACCUCCAACAUCAAGUUCAUUUGAUGCCAAUUUUAAUCCUAUUAAUGGUCCAGAACAUUUUGCAUCAACAUCUGAUUUAACAACAGUCAACAAAAAAAGUUUGGAUAUCAUGAAAAUUACAAAGACUGAACCAAUUGUUGUAAAAACUUUAUCUAUUGAAGCUCCUGAUUUUGUUAAAAUUACACAUAUUGAAUCAUCUAAAGAUGGAAGACAUUUAUAUGUUGCUAUGUGUCCUAUAACUGAUAACACAGAUUCGUUAAUUUCAAAUAAUAAUCAGAUGGAUAUUGAUGAAGAUAGUGAAUUUUUCCCACAGAAAGGUUAUGUGUAUUGGGACCAUAAUGAUACACAAUCUGAUAGACUAAUAAAUGGUAAAAUACAUGAUGAUAUAAAUAAUAUGAAUACCAUACUACUUGUAUAUGCUUUGGAUUUUUCGGGACAAGUAGUAAAGAUAUUUUCUGAACCAGUAGCAAAACGAGAAUUAUCUGCAGAUGAAGCUCCUGUUGAACAUGUGUUUUUACCUCUUCAAGAGAAAAAUAAAUGUACAUUAUCUGGUGAAAAUUUUAGUACAAGUUCUACUACUAAUUCAAAUAUAUCAGAACCUGUAGGACAAGUAGCUUUAAUAUGCAGAGAUGGUGUUAUCAGAGUAUUAAAUUUAAAUUCAUUGAAAACUAUUACUGAGGCAAGAAUAGAAGGAAAAAAGUUUGUUUCUGCAGCCUAUUGUAAUAGUUUAGAAAGAUUGUGUGCAUGUACAAGUGAUGGUGCACUUCAUUUUUUUAUUACUACAGAUGAAGAAGAUUCUAUAGAAGAUAAGGAAGAUAUUGAGGAUAUUAAUAUGAUGACAAAUGAAGAAAAUAGUAAUAAAACUAUAAUUCCUAGUACAUCAACAUCAUCUAAUUUUCAAGAUCAGUUAAUUGCGCACAAAUUAAGUUUUUCACAUUCGGAUUUAUGUGCUUUAUAUGAAUUGACACGAUUUGAUCAUCAUUCUCCUGCAUAUGGUGCUACUGUUCCUCCUUGUUGGAAUGAAAUGAUGCAAGCUCAAAGACAACGUCGUCAUCCGCAACAUUUUCAUCAAUCAGAAGGUCAGCAUCAUACAAGAACAUGGCGUUUACAUAAUGAACGAAAUACUUGGGAUGAACAUAUAUUUGAAUUAACUCUUCCUCGAAGUGCAGCAGGACAUAUUGGUCAUGUAGAUGUACGAUAUAGUUUACAUUCAGUUUGUCAAGAAUUACCUUCAAUUCAAAUUACUUUACUAAAGCAAAAUAUCAAAAGAAUUGGUCAUCAUGAGCCUUUAUUAACUCCUGUGGAUGAAAGAAUAGAUUUUAAUAUAAGUAAUGAGCAAAAAGGAGAAAAUCCUGUGAUCACAGAAGAGUUUCAAAGGCAACAUAAUACAGAAAUUUUAUGUGGACCGAUUGAUUUACAUCGCAGUUUAGAUUUAUCUUGGCGUGCUGGUUGUGUUACAUUAACUAGUCCAAAAUUAUUUCGAUCUAAAGCCAGAACGCUUCUUGUUCAUAUUAAGGCUCUAAUUGAUCCUACAAAAGAUAACACAACAACAAAAUCAAAAACAAAUUCAUCAGACAACAAACCUCCUACAUCGAAAAAAUUAAGAAUAGUUGAAGUACGUCGAUUCGUAGAAGGUGCAAGUAGUAAGAAAUUAGAUGGUUACAUCGGUUGUGAUUGUAUUUAUGAGGUAUCAAUUACCGUUCGAACGGUAUAUCCUACUAAUAUACCAAAUGAAAGAACUCAACGAUGCGCCAUGUUAGAAUCUAAAAAUUGUUUUGAAAAUUUAUUAAAUGUAGCUUGUUUGGAGACAUCUGAAAAGUCUCCCAUUGUACAAUCACUUGCAUUAGAUAUUCUCGUGUGGAUAGCCUCUAUUAGAUUAACGAGGUUGCGUAAUUAUCAAAAUAAUACUGAAAUAAAAGCUUUUCAAUUGGAAACAAUUCGUUUGGUACAAGCACGAUUAUCUAAUUUAUUAAGAACUUGUCUUUUGCAUGCUGGUCGAAGUAUAGCGCACAAGUGUAUAAAAUUAAUUAUGCUUUGUAAUAUUGGUUUUUAUAAUUUGGAAGAUCCUCCACCUCAAUCUUUCGAUGAAGCUUUAGUAUCUGUUUUAGUAACAUUAUUACCUUCGAUAGUAGAAGUUGAAUGGGCUGGUUCACUACGUUGGUUACAAUUAUUAAUUAAUAGAACUUUGUUACGAGAUAGAAAUCACAGUAUUGCUCAACAAUGUAUUUCUUUAAUACAACAAAUAGCUGCUGAAAUAUCAAAUCGUGUAAAUCCAUAUCAUUUAUUACUAGCAACAAGAUUUGGUCUAUAUAAUUCUCCAUUUGAGACCGAAUUAUUCGACUUGGAAUCGCCGAUGCCUCCUAAAUACAGUCCAAUACCACCUACAUAUGUGUCAGCAGUAGCUAAUGAACAGACAGGACCAUCAACUGCUUCAUCAAGUUCUAUGUAUUCUCAGGAUGCUAUUGAUUUGAGGGACCUACUUACACUGCCUACACAUCCAACUAGUGAACUUGUGGUGUCUAGCAAGUUGAAGGCUUUAUGUGCUAAUCACAAUAUGAAGGGACUUUUAGAGGUUGAACCCCUUCAUUUUACUUGUCUUGCUGCUUCUGAUGGUACCAAAAUGGAAAAGAUUGAUCCAUGUAUGAAUACAAAUAAUAUUGGAGCUCCUCUUUAUGAUAGUACAGCUACAAACAACAACGGUGUACCUGACAUCAAAACCAUUCAUCAUACUUAUAACUUGGAUGCUGGAUCGCUAGGAGCAGAUAUUCAGGCUAAGCCAACACCUAUGUUAAGUGAUCUACUUAGUCUAUGUACAGGAAGAAUGUUAAAGAAGCCAGCUCCACAACUGAUAUUCACACCUGAUGAUCAAUCAGACUGUGAUGAAGCUAAUGAUAUGCCUAUCAACAAUCAGACAUGGCAUAAUACACAAAAUGAUAUGCCUACUUCACGUAUAUUAAGUUCUACUGUAACAAAAGAAAAGUCGUCCGUACAAAAUAUCAAUACUACUGUAAACAAAAUUGAAGACAGCAAUUCUAAAAAGCGAAAAGAAGUUACAUUUCCAUGGGCAAGAUUAUUAUGUUGGCCACCUCAGCAGGCAUUGGUAGUUGAUAGAAUGCAUUCCGGUGCACGUCGUUUUGUUAUCCUCGAUUUUGGAUCACCUGUAUUGCUUACGGAUUUGAUUAUUCCUUGCUGCAGUGAUUUAGCAUCAUUAUCUAUAGAUAUAUGGACAAAAAAAGAAGAAGUUGAUGGUACACGACUUAUUGUUGCUGGUGAUAUUGGAAAUAGAUCUUUAGUUGUAUGUGAUCUUCAGCCACCACCAGUUUGUAGAUAUCUAAAGAUUAUAAUCAUAGGUCGCUAUGGAAUGUCUCCUACUAUGUGUAAAAUUCCAUUAGGAAUUUUUUAUGGGCACAUGAUGGUUUUACCUGGAGAAGAUUAUGCGGAAUUAAAUAGUAGUUUAUCAACUUGUGACAACACUUUUGAUUCUAAUAUACAAGCUACUAUUGAUACACAAUGUAAUAUUUUAUCAGCUCUUGCAGAAGAUGUACAGUGCAGAUUUAGCCUAGCUACUGAAAAAUUAAAAUGCCUACUGGAUCCACUGUUGUGUUCAGAAACUACUAAUGUUAUGCAUAUGCAACACUAUCUUUCUUUUAGUAAAAUACCUAAUGAAAAUAAAGAACAACCAUCUGCAAAAAUAUUAUCUACUUAUCAAGAAUGUAUAAUGUUUCAACAUCAAUUAAAUGUUGUACGUGGUGUAUGGAGACGAUUGGAAUCAUGGAAAGGUUCUCAAACUAUACCUACAAUGUCUUUAACUAAUGCACCUACUGAUAAAUUGCGAGCUUUAGGAGAAACUUUACUCGAUAUUCUCUUAUUUGCAGUAUAUGAAAUUGGUCCAAUACCUAGCAUACCAUUAUCAAUAUGUGAUGUUUUUACACCAACUGUCUGUGAAAAAUUUUUUCAUUCGAUUUGUGUUGUUACACCAGCUCCGCGUUUACAGUUACAGGCUGUCGCUCUUUUAACGCGUAUGGCUGGUCAUCAACCUUGGUGGGGUAAUUUUUUAUCUAAUGUUUUAGUUAAUCUUUAUUCUUCAUCGUCUACGCACAUAUUUCCACAAGAUAGAGUAUUUAUUUUAUUGACACUUCUUGGACGUAAAUCGUUGAUUGCUGGGGUUAAUAGAUCUUCCGUAAUAGAUGCCAUGGUUCGCACAUUAGGCAAAUUAUUAGCACCAUUAUCAAAUCCUCAAGCAUCCGAUAUAAAUCACUUAGAUAUAACACUUAUAGGCUGGGUAUUGCUUUUUUUGUCAGUAUGUUUGGAUACUAUAGCGAUUCCAUCUACUUGUUUGGAAGAGAAUAGUGAAAAAAAUAGAGAACAAGGUUUAUUAUCUCGUUGGGAAUUUAUUCAAGGCGAAUCUGCAAUGCAAAGGAAAUAUGGUAACGCUAAUCGUUCUCCAGCUUGUAGUUAUCGUAAAAAAUUACAGAAAUUACAUCAUAAGCAACAACUUCAAGAAUUAGAGCAAGCAAAAAAAGCAUUUCAUACAUCAUCACAGGGAUGGACUAAUUUAUCAUCACAUACUGCUUCAUUAUGUAGUAAAAUGAAAGCUACAUUGAAAUCGCAUGAGCAAUUCUUUAAAAAAACGUUAAAACAAAAUUCUGCCAAGCACUUCAAAGAUAUCCUUGGUAUUCGUAAGAGUGAUACACAACACAGUUCGCGCAGUUCGCAAUCACAAGCAAAUACGAGUUCUAGCAAAUCAGAAGCAACAGAUUUGGAUGUUGAAUAUAUAUCUAACUUAUCACAUCAGCAUGUUCUGCCUGUGGCACGUGGACUUAUUGCUCUUAUUUUGUAUAAUUCUGCUAAUGUGGAUAUGUUCCUAUUAGCUUGCAAAGUAGUCGCUAGGCUAGUGAUAUCUACACGUCCUGCAAUUAGCUUGUGUGAACUUAUGAGUGAAGAACAGCUCCUAAAAUUAGUCAGAUUGGCGGGUACCUCUGAUGCGGCCUGGUCUUCACAUGCAGUUUCGUGCCUUUUACAGGAUUUAUUAGAAGGCGGAAAAUUAACUCCAAAAACAUGUUUUACUGCUGAGGGUCCUUCUGUAGUGAAUUUUAUACCUCUUGUUACGGAGAAAGGUCGAACACCAGAAGAAGAAUAUAGUGCAAGUGCUGCUGAAACAAGUAAUACUGCUGUUCCACUUGGUAAUGAUGAAGGAUUUGCUGAAGGUGAAGGAGAAGAAGAUACUCAAGAUAGUAGUAUAAUGGUGUUAUCUGCAACUGCUUCAACAUCAAAGUCUAAUGGAUUUUUACCUUCUCUUUUGGAGUCUGAUGAUAGUGAACUUGAAGAUUUCUUAGAUGAUAUUUUAGAACGUGGUAGAAAUACCUUAAAGAAAGGACAUCCAUUACCUAAAAAUGUAGACAUAUCUGGAAUUUCUUUGGCAAUGGAUGCAAGAUUAGAAUAUGGAGUAGAAAUGGGGAUAGAAUUAUCAUUAAGAAUAUUGUCCAUGUUCAGCAUGUAUAAUUUACCUUAUAGUAUAAGUACCACAAUACAUGUUCCAUCAGAAUCAAAUCGAUGUUCUCAACAAUCAACGCCAAAAACAGAAUCUAAUUGGAAUGAGAGAAGUCAAGAUGUUUGGAAUUCACCUGACACAACUUCUUCGAGUUUAUUAAUGUUAACGAGGUGUUUUGACAAAAUAUUUACAGAAUUAUAUUUACAGAGCGCGGGAACAAAUUUGGAACUUAUUCUUCAGCUUUGGUUAACUUUAAAUUUAGAUGCUUCUUCAGAACAAUCUAAUUGUUUAAAUCAAUUUGAUCCUUCACUUUCACCUGUUAUACCGUUGAGUUCAACAGCUAUUUCAAAUCUUAUAUCUGCAUUAUGUUGGCAUCCGGGUGUUUCUUUACGUGCUUGGUGUCUUGCUCUUCGAUGUUUAACUUUGGCAAGUAAUCAACCAUUACAGACAAAUCCUGCAGAGGCUGCAAAUAGUCGUCAACCGUUAGAUGGUCUUCUGGGUGGUAUGGCCGGAUGCAUUGUAAAAGAACGUAAUAUGGGUCCUAUGCUUUUGCGUUUACUUUCUGGAAGUGGAUUAAAUGUUAAUGCUAUGGAUAAACAAUAUAUAAUGGCUGGUCCUACUGUUUGUCAAGCACUACAAUAUUUUCUAGUUAGAUUAAAAAUGAGAUGCGAUGUAAUUAUGCCUGAUAGUUCUUUAGGAAAUGCAUUAAAAGAACUUUUAUUAUGGGUGAUAUAUCAACUUGUACAACCUGGUGGUGCACUUUCUGCAAGAAGAGGGCCUUUAGACGCACAAUAUAAACUUAUAACAUCAUUAACGAAUUUAAAUUUUGCUAAUACAGAUUUAGGAACUGCAAUGAGUAUAACAGAAUGCGUCGGAGUAUUAGUUUCUACAUAUGUUAGAGGUUCUGAAGUUGGAGCUCAAUGUGGUGGAACUGGCGAUUUAACAAAUUCAUCUAGUGGAUUCGGGAGUUUAUUUGCUUGUGUAUUCGGUGGACAUACCAGACAAGAUUAUCCCACUUCAUGGGACACUUUAGUCGUAGCACUUAUUAAAUUAGUAUGUCGACUUAUUCAAACACCUUUGCCAGAGACUUGUGCAUGUCGCUCUGAUGGUUCAAUCAGAAUAGAUUUUUCUGAAACAAAUUUCGAUACAAAUACUGAUAUUAAUGAUACUCAAAUGAAAGUAAAUAUUUCACAAACGGAUGAAAGUAAAGUUGCAGAGCAACAAUCUUCGUCUCGCUUACAACAAUGUGCAUCUAACAAACCUCGUAUGCGAUGUGUUGCAGAUACUGUUUUGCAACAUGAACCUACUAUGAUGCGAUUGUUAGGAGCUUUAGGUCAUAGUACAGGUUCAUCUUUAGCUAUGCUCCUAGGCGAGAGUGCUGGUGCAGGAACAGCUACUGAACUCGGUGAUCCUGCUUCGAUACCAGAUGCUACAUUCCAACUUUUGACUACUCUUACUAAAAAAGCAAGCAAUCGUAGUUUAGUUCUUAAUCCACUUUACCAAUAUCUUUCAUCCUCAUGUGAGCAAAGAGAAUUAAAUCGACAAUUGGGUAUCAUGCAAUUAUCCGAGCCUCUUCUUUGGUAUAUCUUAAGAGUUUUAGACAAUGAAGUAUCACUGGCAAUGUUCACAGCAAUGGGUGGAGUAAAAGUACUUUGUGAAAAUUUAGUAAAAUCAAGUAAUAAUGGAAAUGCUAACUCUGUUUCUCCUGGUGUGAUUGCGUUGGUAAUGGAACAUCUUUCAAAUGUUCCUAACGUACUACCAGUAUCUUCUUCAAGUAGCAAGAAAUCUAUAAAUACACUUGAGACUUAUGAAGAUGGAUUGUUAAACUUUGCUCCUUUGGGUAUAAUAUCUUGGUUUAAUCCUGCUGCACAACCAGCAGAUGUUCUUAUACAAAAUUCUACACCACAUAAACGGGCAAGGACAGCCGCGUGGUUAUAUCAUUGUUAUCCUGAUGAAGCUUGGGUUGAUCUUGCGAUUACUUUACCUUGUGCUAUAUUAUUAAGAAAAGUAGAAUUGCAACCACAUCUUACAUCUUUAGCUACAUGUCCAUCGGCUGUAGCUAUAGAAGUUUCAAGAGAAAGUAAUAGUCCUUUAACACCUGUUUGUCCACCAAUGCCUACGGCAGGUUUGACAUUUAUACGUAUCACUCUGUCACAACCAGAAGUGGCAACAUCUGUACUUGUACGAUUAUAUAAACCACGCGAUUCGAGAAGUAUAAGUUUAAGUCAGAUUAGGUUAUUAGGUACUACAGCAUUCGGUGAAAUAAAAACGAAUCAUGAUACAAUAGACGAAGAACAACUUACUAAGACAAGCUUGGGUUGGUUGCGAUUAUUGCAUCAAUGCCUAUCCGUAAGCACAUUAAACAGUAAUCUUGCUGUUAAAGUGCUUAAUUCUGCAGCUUCAGUUGAAGGAUUGGUUGAGGCAUGUUGUAAUCUUCUGUUACUCCCAGCACCAUCUCUUUUUACUCCCAAUUUGGAAAGGGUACUUUUGCAAUUAGGCUUACAUUCUCAAGAGCUUGGACUUCGACUCAUUGGUCUUUUACUUAACAACAGGUCUACCUUUUUCUUUCAAGGUGCUGUAACUACUCAAGAAACAUCAACCGUUCAAUUGGUUGUAGAAUUACUUCAACAAUUAUGUUCAAUUCAAGAUUCUUGUACAGAAGCUCGUAUGACAGCGGUGCUUUCGUGGCUUCAUGCAUCGGCAGUAAAUGGAAUUUCUCGACCCAGUAAUAGUCCUAAUGCUAUUAAUCCACCUGCUGUAUAUAUUCAUUGCGUAUCUUCCAUUAUAUGGGAAGCUCAUCAACAACAAAAUCUUAAUUAUGAUUUACAAGCUUUAUUGACAGAUGAACUUUUUAAUGCUUUAUAUCAAUGGACUUUGAUUUUGGGAACGAGUUCUGCUUUAAAACAGGCGAUUGAUUCUGCUUUGUGUGCAUUUUGUUAUGUAAGACCUACAUUGUUUCCUGUGCUUCUCCAAAGAGUACGAAUUUUGGUACCCAAUAAGGCUACAGAUCAUUCUGCAUCUAUAUCUGAUGAUCGCAAGGAAAGAGAAGGACAAACAGAUGAUAGAAAAAGCGAAUUUAAUGGCGAAGAAUGGUAUUAUCGUUAUGUAUUAUCAGAAUGUAAGCGAUUAAAUUUAACAGAAGGACAGUUGCUUACUGUAGCUGCAGCUGCUCGAUCUCCGUCGGGUAUAGAACAAUUAAUUGAUUCUGGACUUCCUGCUUCGUUGACAAUGUUAAUUACUGAUUUUUGUAAUUUGGAAAAAACACGACAAGAACAACCUCAAAGUAGGAUGUCCUCAAUGGAUAGUUGUCAGAAUAACACUUUAGAGGGUUUAACGGAUAAUGAUAAAGCAAGUGAAAUGGAUACAAAUAAUUAUUAUGGUGGAUUAUGCAUGACAGAGCCAGAAAGUAUAGCGAUAGUGUUAGAAUUUUUAACACUUGUAUGCUCGGAAGGUAAAAUGCGUGAUUGGCUUGGAAAAGAAGGGUAUGGAUUUUGGUUACCCCUUCUUUCUCUUCUUAGUAAUCGACCUGUAGAAAAUCCAUCUUUAUCCUCUUUGAGAUGUUCCAAAACAAGUGUUUCAUAUGCAUCGUUAGAAAGUGCAAUGAUUAAAUUUUUAUCCAGAUGUUGUUGGUGUCAUCUCGAAAAUCAAAAGUUAUUAGCCGAAUUAUUAACAGAUGUCAUUUCUCAACAACGAACGACUUCAAAUAUACGCUAUCUUCAUGGAAUUUCGGGUUUCACAAGGCGAUUAAUUUUGCAAUUAUUAUUGGAAGGUGAAAAAGUAUUAGUAUCCGUAACUUCCGAUGCACCUAUGAAAGUUUCAAAUACAGCAGUCAAUUAUAGUUUGUUGUCCAUGCCACCACAUCCAGCUCAUCCGCUUGGUCAUUAUCAUCAAUUAUUGUAUAUGUCUACUCAAUCAACUGUUGCAGAUAUAUUACAACAAGUCUCUGGUACUUGGCUUUUUCUAUUGUUGCCAAAUACAUACAAAAGUAAUGAAACUGGAACGAACAAUAAUCGCUCUAGAGAACUUUGGGAAUCUGGUAUGGCCUUUAUAGUAGAUACUCUUAGUGUAGCUGCUGGAAAUACAGCGAAAGACAAAAGAGCUAAAGAAGCAUCUAAUAGGUCGCAAGCUCGUGGUCCUAUCAUAAGAAAAUCACGUGGGAAUUCUGAUGGAGCAGCAAGUACAAGCAAAACAUCGACUAAUAAUGUUCAACAAAAUUCUACCAAUUCUACUAAUCAACAAUAUUUGAUACAUUCAUCACGUCCAAAUACUCCUUUACCACCACAAUUGACCAUUGCCCAAUUGUUAGCUAUAGCCGAAGAUAGUGGAAUAUCUUUAUCAGAACCUUGUUUGCAUCUUAUAUUGCGCCAACGUAAUAAAGACUCAAAAGAGGAUGUAUCGAAACAAAAUGACAGCGAGUUAUUAAAUUAUAGAAGCAUAGAAAGUUCGCUAGGCGUGUUUAGUGCCGGUGGUGGUUUAGCGGUAUUAGCACGAUAUUUGCCGCUGGUAUAUCCAGAUUCUAGACCACCACCCGUCCCAUUACCCUCACCAGAAGAAACAUUUAGCCACGAAGAAUGGGUGAAAUUAGGGAUUAGCGAUUACGCUAUUGAAAUUAUAGAAGAAAGUGGAAAUAAUUCUUCGCCGUGUGCAUCUUCACCAGCUGCUUACGUUCCUCCACAUUCUCUUGCUGCUUUUGGAUUGUUCCUUAGACUUCCUGGUUACGCAGAAGUAUUAUUAAGAGAUAGAAAACGAGCUCAGUGUUUGUUACGCCUUGCUUUAGGCGUUUCAGACGACGGUGAAGGUGGAGACGUUUUAACAUCGCCGUUGGCUGCGUUACUACCAACUUUGCCAUUCCAAGUUUUAAAACAAUUACUCGACGCUACACCCGCGACCACCGAUGAUGGUCUUCUUUUGCGUAAAACGACUAUCGAAGUGGGUGCUAUGCUUUUAUUGUUGAACUGUUUGGCGGUAUUUACCCAUCAAACAAAUCAGAACGACAACUCGGAGCAAAAAAUAACCGGGAACCAAGGUGAAGCAGGUCGUAGCGAUGAUAAUUCACAUUUGUAUUGGGCGAAGGGUACGGGAUUUGGUACCGGCUCUACACAACAGUCAUGGAACGUUGAGCAAGCGUUGAUGCGACAGAGAUCCGAGGAAGAGCACGUUACAGUAUUAUUGCAAGUUUUAGCAAGUUAUAUUGGUUCCGGUGGACAAACGCAAAGAGAACUGCCAGCGUCUUUUCCCGAUCUAUUAGCCAGAUCGUGUUUACUUCCAGCCUUGUCUUCAUAUUUAAGAAACGAUUCGGUGUUAGACAUGGCGAGGCACAUUCCUUUGUAUCGCGCUGUACUGCAAUUGCUCAGAGCUAUGGCCCUUUCGAAUCAAUUAGUUCCGCUCUUGUUACCUAGGGGGAAGUCUAGUGAACCGUCCGUCGUAUCGCUCCUAUCUAGCAUGAGGGUUUGCGUGGAUACGUACGUUCACAAGAUUAAUCGUACUAGGACUAAUAAAUCGAAAACGCUAUUCAAGUAUCCCGAUGAUACUGAACAGGACGAAGGUUUAGCAACGUUGAUUCCAGAUAUUCAAGAAAGUGCUACCAUAGUGCAAAAUGCCACUUCUAGGUUAUCAGGAAUCGAAGAAGAAUUACCUGGUCCUAGCCCCACGGCUCCAGAAUUACCUCUACGUUCUAUCGAACAACGAUACAUAGAAGUUAUGAAAAAUUUACAAUUUGAUACGUACGAAAUGAUCACCGAAAAUCCAGAAGCUGGUGGAUAUAAGUUUGCCGUCUCAUAUCAUUUUGAAUCCACUAUGAGGGCAGCUGGAGAAAGAAGUCAUCCUACGAGAGUGAAGAGAUUGGCGCAAGAAGCUGUCACACUUUCUACAGCGUUGCCAUUGUCAUAUAGCAGUAGCGUUUUCGUCAGAUGCGACGCUGACAGAUUAGACGUAAUGAAGGUACUCAUAACAGGGCCAGCGGAAACACCAUACGCAAACGGAUGCUUCGAAUUUGACGUAUAUUUUCCUCCGGAUUAUCCUAAUAGUCCGAUGUUAAUAAAUCUAGAAACUACUGGUCGUCAUACCGUGCGAUUUAAUCCAAAUCUAUACAACGAUGGAAAAGUCUGCUUGAGUGUAUUGAAUACCUGGCAUGGUCGCCCUGAAGAAAAAUGGAAUGCACACACUAGUAGUUUCCUUCAGGUCUUAGUAUCGAUACAAUCGCUGAUCUUAGUAUCAGAGCCUUAUUUCAACGAACCAGGAUACGAACGGUCGCGAGGUACAACGAGCGGAGCUCAAUCUAGUCAAGAGUAUAACGCGAACAUUUGUCAAGCUACUGCUAAAUGGGCGAUGCUUGAUCAAAUUCGCAAUCCAUGUCCUUGUUUUAAAGAGGUCAUACAUACUCACUUUUGGAUAAAGAGACAUGAAAUUGUUGCACAAUUAGAAAGAUGGAUAAGAGAUAUGGAAUUACACGGAUCAGAUAGAAGAUUUGGUCGUACUCUCUCUCUGAAUGCAUUAGCUUUAAGAAGACAUUAUAGUUUGUUGAGGGAAGAAUUGAGUAAAUUACCAACUCCUGAAGGCUUGGAAGAUUUGGUUGAACCGCUCGCAUCACCAGGCUCACCGAUCGAAUUGUCCGGCACUCCUGGCACCCCAAAUACGCCACCAGCAUCGACGGUUCCUCCAACUGGCACAAUUUCUACGCCAAUUAAUAACUCUGUUGGUUCCAUGAGCAAUGCAAGUGCUAGUAAUCAUGUACACCACGACAUCGACACAGACGUUGAGAUGGAGAAGAUGGUUUCAAAAGUGUGUGAAUAGCUAAAGAAUGUUAAUAGACAUUGUUGGACAUUUUGAAAAGUCUAUAUUGUUUGUGUUAUGACGGACAAAUAACGGACUGACCGGAAAUGAAAGGAAAUCCUAGUAACGUGGGAAAAUUUCAGUUGAUUGACGGAUGGUUAGAUGAUGAAUGAAAGAUUACUUGUAUCUUUUCGUUGAACACAUGACGAUAUCGAUAAAAAUGAGGAUAAUUCGGAAAAACGAAGAGGAUAAACGUAUGCGUGCAUGUAUAUGUGGUAUAUAUGAGGAUAGAGAGAAAUUUGGUAAGAGAAAGAAAUGAAUGAGCGAGAGAUAACGGAAUGAAUCGUGUAAAGAGAUAAGGAAAAAUGGAAAAAUACGAAGAAUGAAUGUUACGACGAGUGAAAGGGACGAGGAUGAAUCGAUAAAGAGAAAAAAAAAAAAAAAAAAAAAAAAAAAAAAAGAAAAAAAAAAGAAAGAAAGAAAGCGCAAGAAAUAGUCAGUGGUUAAAAAUUCGGUAUGAAUGUGAAUAACUCGUACGUAGUAGGUAACUCUCUGUGGCAACUGCUAUAUUAUAUGUACGCUGCAUUCUACUACUUCGUAUUAUCAUAAGUAACAACUCUGUUAUUCGAUAUUUAUUAUACGUGUUCCUCGUUUAUGUAGCCGGUAAUUCCCUAUCCUUCUCUUCCUUCCCCCAUCUCCCAAUAGCAAUGCGACUGACUUUAAACGACACUUAUUCCAACAAACGAGGCGAUGUUGAUAAUAAAACGGCGAAACAAAUAAUAAAAACAACGACGCGAACAUUAUGGAAGAACGGCUACGUGAAAUAUAUAUAUAUAUAUAUACAUAUAUAUAUAUAUAUAUACAUACAUACAUACACAUAUAUAUAUAUAUAUAUAUUGAUAUAUUAAAACAGUCACUCGCAAAUACGAAUAGGACGUACCCUAUAUACUGUAAUUUUGCGCGAAUCAAGUUAUCGCUUUUCCGUUGCAACGUUUAAAGUUUCGUUUCUCAUUAACACCACCAUCCUCUCUCUCCCCCUUAUAAUAGUAAAUCGUCUCAGCCGUUUAGCUCAGUAUCGCAUUGCUCUCGAUUUAUGAGUAGAAAACAGUGCAGAAAAUUGCUCCAUAAUGCAUGAUGCAGUUAGCACUUGAUAUGUGUGCGCAGUGUGAUUUAAUAUUUAUCGUGCCUGUAUCGAUUACGGUCCGCAUUGUAUUUUUUACGGGAAAUAAUAGUACGACGUGUUCGGCUUAAAAGUGAAUGCAUAUUUUUCAACAUCGAAUUCCUUUUUCCAUGAUUUCAUCGAAAACCCAAGAACAAGGCCAAGAUUUUAUCGAGUAGCCUUCACUUUUAAAAGAAUUGAGAUUUGCAUUCGAGUGACGAUGUUUCCUCUCUUUCAUUUCUUUUCUCUCUCUCUCUCUCUCUCUCUUCCUUUCCCUUUUUCUUUCUUUCUUUCUUUCCUUUUCUUUCCUCUCCUCUCCUUUCCUUUUCUUUUUUCUUUUUUUUUUUUUCCUUUCCAAACAUGAAUCGAAUCGAUCGANAAAAAAAAAAAAAAAAAAAAACGAAACGAAGAAAGGAUGGUACUACGAAGUCCUGUAAUUCUUCAUAGAUAAAAGGAACAAACUAUGGACAUUCGGGUAAAACGAAAUACCCUUUUGCAUUUGAUAUAAUUAA